CUAUUUAUUCAUCUAAUCUAUCUAUCUAUCCAUCUAUCCAUCCAUCCAUCCAUCCAUCCAACGAUCCAUCUACCCAUCCGUCUACUUAUCUAUCUACCUACUUAUCUAUCUAUCUAUCCAUCAACUUAUCUCUCUCUCUCUCUGUCGUCUCUCUGUCUCUGUCUCUCUGUCUCUCUCUCUCUCUCUCUCUCUCACUUUCCUAUCUAUAUCUAUACAUCUAUCUGUUCCAUUCUCUCUAUCGUUAUCUAUGUGAUAUAUUGUUAAGAAUGUUGAAUGUUUUCUCCUAGUGAAGAGAAUAAACAAGUUUAAAAAAAACUGAGAAAACAAAGGAUUGUAGAAGCACUCGAUUGUCUCUCUACAAAGAGUAGGUAAUUAACACUUGGCAAAUAUCACAAAGUUGAAAAUAGUACAAACAAAAUGUAUAUGUAUAUUUAAAUUCAUGGUACAAUCAAUGAAAUACAGAUAAGGUGAGAAGAAGAAGAAGAAGAAGGAGGAGGAGACGUACGCUAAACAUAUAUUUAUAUUUGUAUAUUGGGCAAUAAGACUGAAAGGGAAAAAAACAAAGAAUACACCUAAUUCAGGUGACUAAUGAGCGAUUGUUUAAAAAUAGAAGAAAAGCGUAAAAUAUCAUAGAAUUCCCUCUAAUUCCUCAACUUAUGUUUUAUUCUUGCACGUAAUCAAACGUUUAAUCAAGAAUUGUUAGCAAACAAAUACUGAAUGAAAAGAGCGAAAACACAUUUUAAAGUCGUUUAAAUGCAUGGUUUUUAAAGUGUAAACGUGCCAAAACGUUUUUUAGAAUCAGUCCAAUAAGUUAGCUCGUCACGGCGUUAUGCUUGGGAUACUUAUCAUAUUUUUCUUAAUAGAAUUAUCCGAAAAUCAAGUUUGUCAAGAUAACAAGAAGAUCGGCAACCCCAAUCUUUUCCCUAAGCCUUUCGUUGGCAAUGGGAAAUUAGCGGCUGGAGCUCGAAGUCUUGUUAUCAUAAAUGAACCUCCUUGGAAGAUCGAUUGCUGUGGUGUGGUAAAGAAAUGGUUAAUCGCCAACGAAAAAGUCGACCUUGUACGAUUUCAAAUAUGGAGGGAGAGUGGAAACGCUGACAAAUUUCAAUUAAUUGGACAAAAUACCGAAGUAGUUGCCGAUUCACCAUUAAAUGCCGAUGACGAAUACGUAGUUGAUUUUGAAUCUAAACCCAAUCAGCAAAUUCCCAUUAAACCGGGCGAUGUCUACGGUUGGUUACCAGAUACUGGACCAACAGUCUAUCAUUCUAACAUCUGCACUCAUUGCGGAAGUGACUAUUAUCAAGUUCCUUGGACUGCAGUAACAAAUCCAGUUGUUGGAAUGCAAUUCAAUGCUUCUUCCGGGUUGGCGGCAGAUGGACCAUUGGAUUAUUAUAUUAGAUUGUUAGUUGGUCCAGGAGCUUUACCAGAGUUCACCAAUUUAAGGGAAUUGACAAUCUACGAUAAUGAGACUACCGGAAGUUUGUUGCACACUUUACGUUGGAAAGAUGACAAUUCCCUGGAGACGUUAACUCUGAACGUCACCUCAGUCCCUACGGCGAAAAUAAAUAUCAACUUAACCACUGGAGAGAUAGUAGUGAUGGCUAAUUUGCUCGGUUCGUCUGGGGUCUACAACUAUGAUUUAAGCCUAUCAGAUGGUUGCAACCACGUUCAAUCCAAUCUUACAAUUACAGUUUUAUCAUCACAAUCCACUGAAAAUCCUACUACCGCUACGACGGAAACAGUUAGUAGUACUGAUGUCACUAGAAAGAGAACAACCAAGGCAACAGAGGGCGCCACAAAUUCCAAAGUAGAAACAACAAAAAAUCCCAACUUUCUGUCGACUACCGAAGGAAAACUAAUACUUGGUUUAGUGAUUGGAUGCGCCGCAGUUUUAGCCCUUUUACUUAUCAUUCUAAUCGUGAUGGCAUGUUACAUCAACAAUAUGAAAAUUUCACCAAAGAGGUAAUUUUCUCUUAAUUUACUAUGAUAAUAAUUUCUAGGAAGAGACAAUUUUCUACUUUGUUUACAUAAAGAGUUUUCUAAUGAAAAGGUACUAGGCCUUUGUACAAGGGGAGAAGAGAAUGUUGGGUAAAAAAUUACAUUUUAUACAUUUUCACCAUUAGACGCCGCUAGACUUUUGUUAACUUUCAAUUAUGAAAAUGCAAGAACAGAGAUGUAAAGGUAACUAAGCAAUGAACUAGGCUAUUUUCAGUCUCUUUUAAAAGAAAUACUUUUCCAUCUUAAUUGAUCGGCGAUAAAAGCUCUAACCAGAUUCUUGGACCUUGACCGCCUUUGUAUUCAUUUCGUUAAAUAUUCUCUAGGUGAAUACUAACGUUAUUGCAUAUUCAGCACAUGGAAAUCUUUCCGAUAUAUUUAGUUAUGAUUGCAUCAUUGAUUUAUUGAAAUAUAUGGCUUGAAUAUUUAUAAAAAAAAAACGAUAACUAUCGAAAGAAGCUUGUUAAGCAAUCCUAACUAGAACGUCAUAUGACUCCUUUCCUAUUCCCUUAUUUUUUAUUAUUGCUUUAUCUGAGGUUGAUUUCUUCGAAAAGCAACAAAAAUAAAACGUUUUUCCAAGUAAAUUUAAUAUGAAUAUUAUCUCUUUAGUGGCAAACCAAUUUUAAUUAAUGGCUG